GAGACCCCCAAGAGCGCUUCCGUAGCCAUUUUGGCUCAAACAAAUCUCGGAUCUCAACGUUUCGUGCAUCACAUUUCUUAUCAGCGAUGGCGUGCGGUGCGUUGCUCGUCGGCCUGCUCGCGGUCCCAGCGUCCGGUUUGGUGGCUGAGCGAGUGCCGGAGUCUUGCCUGAAGCGUGCUUCGUGCAAGGGCACCUUCCACUACCGCCCCCCCCCGUCAAAGCCACAGGCGCCUGGCAGUGGAGAGGUCAGGCUGACGGACCUCGUUCCCAAGACAGCGGAGCUGUCGAGCCAGGCGUCGAUCGAGCAGUGCAUUUCCUAGUGGAAGACGAUCGACAUGAAGAUCGGCAACAAACAGAACGUCAAGUCCACGAACGAAGAGGAUCUGAAGAUCUUCGAUCGUUUCUUCAGCGGGGCGUCCGGUGGGACCACGCGAACGCAGGGAUUCUUCCUGGAGAUGGGCGCGUUCAACGGCUCGCGGAAUCCAAUUCACUUUUCUUCGAGCGUUGCCUGGGAUGGACGGGCUUGCUCGUGGAAGGCAACCCCAAACUGUACAGGGUCAUGGUUGAGAACAAUACGAGGCCGUCGGCGCACAAGCUCAACGUCGCCCCAUCUUGUGCGUCCGACGACGAGGAGGUGCAAUUCGUCUUGGGGCAGACGGAGUCGGGGCUGGUUGACAUGGUCGGCUCGAGCCAUGCUAAAGAGAUCGCCAACGUGCACUGCGGGCCGCUUUCCCUGUACCUGCGCGAUCUCGGCAUCGCCCAAGUCGACUUCUUCUCCCUGGACGUGGAGGGUGCAGAGCUCCUGGUGCUUAAGACGGUCGAUUUCAGUAAGGUCAGAAUCCCCGUGGUGGAGUCGUGGAACAGGGACUGCAGGGAGGACUGUCCCAAGCGCGAAGCCGUUCGCGAGCUUAUGCUCUCCAACGGGUACACGCUGGAUACCGGAUUGGUGCCCAAGAGCGACGUGUUCUAUUUGGUGGACGGAGUCUGAGUCGUUGCCGGGACGUGUUCCGUGCUGCCAAUGCAUGCACCCAGCCAGCGUGGCCCAGUACGAUGAAGGUCGGACCCAUCCCAGACACCCCACGUCCUCACAUCCCUCUUUGGCGCUGACAGCUGGGCCGCAAGACGCGACGCAGACAGGGUGUACACGGAAAAACAAUACACAAAAAACGAAU